GAGGCGUGGUUUGUGUACGCGUUCACGCACACGUCGGCCGUGCUCGAGACUUUCUGGUGGAAGAUCACGGGCAAGGAGGCCGCGUGGUUUGUCACAGGCAGUUCGUCCCGCGGGUCGGUCACGGAACUCCCGAACGUCCUCGUGUACUUUGGGCACGUGUUUGGGCUAGUUUGGGCGUUGAUCCGGUUCUUUGCCACGUACAACUCACAGCAGACGUCGCACGGCGCGUCGCUGCUGGUCGCGAGUCUCAUGAUGGGGCUGUUCAUUGCCACCAAGCUCGGACCGAGUGUCCGCAUGAGCAUCCAAGAGUACUUUGGGUGGAGCUACCAGAGCUUAAUGGACCAAGGCAACUUUUUCGGCCAGUCCUUGAUUGCGUUUGGCCUUGUGUUCAUCUCGUUGUGGGUGUACAUUGAAAAGCCGAGUUCGAACCCGUUUUAA